CAGAACUUGAAGUCGGAGCGAGAAAGAAUUUAACCGCUGAAAUAAUGAAUUAUUUAUCACGACUAAACAAAGAGGUGAAUUCAAAUGACUUCGCUCUGUGUUUUUACUGUAUCAUGCUCUGUUGAAUUCCGUGAUAAGAUAUUGUUGUCGAUCUACGUGACAUUGAGACGCGCAGUGCUUUCGUUUAAUUCAACAUCACGGUGAAGUUUACUUUUCUUUUAGGAAGUUUGCCACUUUGAACUGAAGCAAUCUCAGGAAAAAUACCCGGUUAAUUCAAGAGUCUACGGAGAAAAGACGUGCGAUGAGGAAAAUGAGGUGCGACCGAUGGGUUACGACAGAAUUUUUACAUCCACAGUAAUACUAAUUGCGGUGGUAAGUUCGUGUUUAGUUUGUUUCAGAAGCAUUCAAUAUUUGAAAAUUUCAUGAUCAGUCAUGCUCUUUAUGUGAAAGGAUGCCUCAAUAUGUGCUUUCAAUCGGGGCUAUAGCCAUCAAUGGCGGCAUUUUAAAUGAUUUUAUUCUGUACCGCUCGACAAUUGCAACUUAAGCGUAUUGUGACGAGGGCAUUAGCGGAGGCUACAGACUUUUUCAUCACCUGUGACGUAUAUUCUAGAACACUCACGAAUAACACAGGAAUCUCAUGAUAGAGUCUUACAUCACCCAAAUGGAAUCCAAAAAAUUUUUUCUCCUGCAAAACUUACCUGGCAGGGAGUCUAAUAGAACUUCGCUGUUUUUAUGACUACUUGGAGAACGCUGCUGUCUAUCUAAAGAAUGAGGAGCAAUUUGUAAAACGAGGCCAAACGGCUUUAGGAUAGUCGGUGAUUAAGCAAUUUAAAAAUUAUCGCUUUUUUUUUCGUUCUUUUAGCUUCAAGUACGCAUAGGCAGUUGCACUGCCUGCCAAGAUGGUGAAAUCACCUACCAAAGCAAUAAAGCGGGAGAAAAAGACAAAUGCGCCCCUUGUAUUGAUUGUCCAGAUGGAAUGGAACCAUCAAUUGCUUGUGGAACUGUCGCCAAGAAUGGAACACUCUUGCACUGUGGUGCGUGCAGGGAGGGAACCUAUUCAGACACAUAUGGGAAAGAACAGUGUACACCGUGUUCCUUAUGCUCUGCCGGACGCACAGUGACUCGGAACUGCUCUAGAACUGAGAACAGCCGUUGUGGUACUUGUAAACAUGGUUAUUACGAGAAGGAGGUCGUUGACGGUCUUAUAUACGACUGCGAGCCGUGCUCUGGCUGCUGUUGGGACGGUAAAGACGAAAUUGAAGACCAAUGUAAAGCUCAAAGACUCCCACGGCAUAGAAGAUGCAAACUAAGAAAGGCAGACAAUGAUUGUCAAAGGAUAAACAUGAUUAAACUAACUCCAAGCCCGACGACUCCACAACGAAAGUCUACAGCAGAGCGAAGAACAAAUAAACUGAAAUCUUUAGACAAAACGACACAACGGUCUUCAUCGACAACACAUCAAUCAUUCGUUAGCAGCAAUACCGUAACUGCAAGUGCUGCAUUCACUUCUUUUUUUCAGAAGUCAAUUGCGUUACAGCGACGGAGAAAUAAGACUUCCGAUGAAGGUCAUGGCAUAAGUAAAACAACUCUGAGCGUCGACACGAAGAGACCCAUAUCUGUUUCAAUCAGCAGCAGUGACGAAAUAAGUCGCAGUAUCAAGGCAGUUAUUGGUGUUUUGGCAUGUUUGAUUCUUAUUGUUUGCAUCAUUAAGAUAAAAACGAUAGCGAACUCUUUUAAAUGGGUGCGUUGUCGACCGUUCUGCAGAUCAAGGGACGCUGAACAAGAUGAACACACAGAAAGCGUUUUAUUGGAUAACAUUACAACACUGACAAAUGUUGAGCCACUUGGAGGUUGGUACUUACAUUAAGAAUUUAUUUAGCUAUGAGAAAAAUUUAGUUUUUACUUAGAAUUAUAAUUAGCCUGGAAGUAACAGACUAAGCGCGCGAUUUUGCUCUUCUUUAAGUAUCCGGGCUAUCGAUAUUUGACAGGAGCCCAUGAUAUAUUCAUUCCAAUAGUAUUUGUCGAAACGGAUAGCACAGUAAUUGAACUUUUUGUAACGCUAAAGUUUUUAUUCAGCCUCUCCUUCUUUCCUUUCUUUUUGCAGUACUCGUUUGCAUGAAAGAUUUGAAGUCUUGUUCACUAGAGAUAUAUGAAAAAGUAUGGAAACGACUGGACAAAAAGCUGGAAAACACCAGGAAGGGCAACUACAAGGAUGUAGCGUCAGAGUUUAAUUUUGAGGAAGAGGACAUUUGGGAAUUUGAGAAGGAACUUCACUCGUGUAGGUCAGGAAGUCCUUCUGAAAAGCUCUUAGAAAGCCUGGAAGCUAAAAGGCCUAAUCUAACCGUAUUAGAGUUUAUCAAAGUAUUGCAAAAAUCUACAAUACAGAGGAAAGACAUUAUUGAACUGUUGGAAAGUCAUAUUUAUAGACGUCCUAGGAUAAUGAAAAAUUAUUAAAAGUGGCCUGGAUUUGCGUUCUUCGUAGAGAUUUGCAAGGCUAGCGGCCUUGAAUGUGAAGCUUACUUUUCCUUACGAUAUGGACACGAUCGCGCUGCAUAUUAUAUACGUACUAAAAAUAUUUAGGUGAAUAUUAGAAAUUCUGAAAUGAGUUACAAAUGAUUCAAUUCUUGUACAAGCAAUUAAAGCGAAUGGAAAUUUGGACAUAAUAUUUAUCAUAUUUAUCAAGCAAAUUAAAAAUAAAAGCAAAAAAAAAAAAUUCUCGAAUCCAUGUAUUUUUUUUUAUGGUCAUUAGACGAUCACCCUGUUCUGUUGUCAAGCACGCAGGAAGCGGCUAGAGCACGAAAGAAGUUUAGGGAGAAACACGAGACGUAGUCGACGUAGUUGAGUGUUUCUCCCCACUUCUUUAGUGUUCUAGCCGCUUCCUGAGUGCUUUACAACGUAACAGAGCCAGUCGAGGCUUCUCUAUUUGUUUUGUAAUAAAGAAUUCGUUAAAUUCCCACGCAUUACUUUCAAUUUUUUUUAAAAAAACUUUAUUCCUAAAGCGAACAACAGCGUCGUCAGCAUGCUCUAUACUCUCAUAAAGCACGCUACACUAAGACAAUCAGAAUCCUUGUUAAAAUGUUUCAAAUAAUCUGAUUGGUUGAACGAGACUAAAGCUGUCAAAAAUGUCAAGCCAUCAAAGUUCACAAUCUGCAAUAGUUUACAAACUGAAAGAGUUCGUCAGGUCGAAUUUAUCUCUUUUGCUUGAAGUUUUUUAAGUCUCAAACACAGAAUCUAAAAGUGAAAUGGUCAGUGAAAUCCGGCCGAAUUGAAGCUCAUAACAACACUCGAGUUUUUUCACAUGACAAGUAGAAAACAAACAGCGUAAGGAGCGUGUUUUAGGAAUGAACCACGGUUGAAUUCACAGGAACAUAAAGAUUCCUCGGGAUGACAGCGCCGUAAAAUUCAGCUACUGUGACAGAUGUGGCCCUCCACACAAUGCAUCGUUUCACUCGAAAGGGCGGCCGAUGUAAUUUCUGAGGCUUGCUUGACUACGAGGACCGGAGAUCGCCAAGACGAGGUAGCCGUGAUGGACCUCAGCAUGAUCGCAGUCGCUCUGACACCGUUAUGAUUAUUUUGAAUUUUAAUCGCUAUGUCAUUUUGGCGAUAUUUUUCAUCAUUCCUGUUUUUUUCUGUCUUGUUUUUGAACAGAAACUAUAUAAGCUACACAAGUGAUAGCUGUAUUUGAUUUUUAUUACCGUAUGUAAGCUUGCAACCUAACUGAGCGUGAAAACCAUCAAAACUUGGACAGUCCAUUUCGUUUCCUCUUUGAGGAAUUUCGUCUCUGUUUAUAUUAUAAUAACGUAAAUUACGGCGCUUGGCUUGUUUACAAACCCUUGUUUGGUUCUGUACCAGAUCCCUUAUUCCGGCAUUCCUUUCAAUUAAGGAAAAAAGGAAGGGAGAAGUACGGGAAAUUAUGGUCGGACAUAAUUGAAUUCGACAGAUGGCGUGAUAUGUACGCGAAACAAGACAUUGUAAGACUCUUUGACGGGCUUUGAUCCUUAAAAUUAAUUCGUAUUAAUUUCCUUAAGGCUGCUCCUCAAUCCUCUAAAACAUCAUUUGUUCAGAUGUAUCACCAAAAUGUGAAUUAGAACAUUCUCGUACCCACUGGGAAUAUAAUUUCACCAAUUGCUAUUAGUUUACAACUGAAAUUAAAAUGACUUUGAUAAGUUCUCUUUACGGUGAUGCUUUUAACUAACUUCUGUGAUGAAAUGCUCUGGUAUGGGUGAACGUGGCAUUUCACUAGAUAAAGUUUACUUCACUUGCAGAUAGUUUACUGCUUGCAAACGAAAUAAUUUUUCAAAAGGAUACCCGGCUAAACUGACAAAGUGACCGUGAGAAAAACGAGGUCUUCACUCUUGAGAUGCGACAGAAUUAUGAUAACGAUAGAACUAUUUCUGGCUGCGGUGGCCCUUGGUAAGAUCGUCUUUAGAUUGAACCAUAAGCAAGCAGUAGUUUUUGUAAGAAGGGACGCUUCGUUGCCUUUUUUUUCAUCUCAGGUUAAUAGCCACUAAUAAUUGUAUUUGAUGAGAUAUAAUUCCGAACUUACCGUAACGUGAGAAGGGCAUUCAAGUUGGUCACAGAUUCCUUCAUCAUGCAAAAGAGGCAAGGCGGGGUGGAAGAGCUGGAAUAUGCAAGGCAUCGGCACGCAAUAGAUGGGGUUGGCCGGAUAAUGUGACGGCCUCAUGCGCGUACUGCUUUUGUGCCCCAUUAAAACUGAACAAAACAAGGCAACAACGAACGAAGAACCCUUUCAUGUAUCCCCCCUUAAAAUAAGUGCGUAGAGCGUACUACCACCCGUGUUUUGCGUUACUUGACCCUCUCUGUGUGUUAUAAUCAUUUUGGACAAUAGUUUCUAGAUUGGUCCAGACAUAGUAAGCGCGUAAUUUGAGUCGCAACCCACAACCUCCCACGAUAUGGGGUCAGUUUCAUCGAUCACUUAACACCUAUGCUAUUAAAUACGUGUUGUCUGGGAAUAGGCUUGGGCCCAUGCAUGGGGAAUCCCCCGAAUGAUGUCUUCAAAUCACAUCGUCUCGAUAGAGUAGAUCUAAGUUAGAAGUCCGGGUGUAGGCUCUAGAAGACUAAGUUUUUUUUUCAAAAAUCCUGUCAAGUGUUCAUUGCUGCUGUAUCUGUAUCGAUUGCCUACCACAAGCACAGAAAGUUCGAUUGUCUUGAAGAUACGCACUACACAGGCGGACUGCUCAGUACAGCGAAGAGCGACAAGUGGCGCGCACGCCUUCUGUGAGUGAGCUACUCAUUUCUGUUAGCAUCUGUUACUUCCUCGUGGAAAUCCGUAAAGUAUUAGACUCUAAAAUGGGAGAGCUAUUGUUACACAUUGCACACUCGGACUCAGCAAAUCCGACAUCGAGUGGGGUAUCUACCGCAAAGAAGGAUGCUAUCAUUGCCAUUUGUUUUGUUGCGCUGGUGAGUAAAGCUUUCAUCCUUUUUGUAAUAAAACGAUAAGCCCACGAAAUUCUAACAAAUCUAACCAUAGUUUUUUUCUUUCGUUGCCUCCAUUUGCGGUUGAAUUUAAGGGAUGGUAAAACAUGUGCUUAGUCAUCAUUUAAAGCAAAAGUGCUUCGUCAUCUAAAAACUUGGGCGUCUUAAAUCGGCGAAAUAUCGUAAUGCUUCUGCUCGAAUACAUUUUCCGUUUGAAAUAUGACCACCAAAUGGUUUUUGUUUCCUACAUUCAUUCAUUCCUCGUUGUUGAUUAUUAUGUUUUUCACUGUUAUAUUUUUUCGUGUCGUACUAGUUGGCGAUGAAAUGAGAUGCCCAUGCAAACCACAAUCUGCAUUACAAAAAUUUGAAGCUUUUUGUCAGAUACUGUGAUUCCAACGUUCAUAUCCUACACUUACUGUAAACGUAUGAUGCAUAAUAUUCCUUUGUGCGCAAAUUAGCUCUCCAAGUCGGCAUAAUACCUUCGGCUCGCGUUUGAAGAACAUAAUAAUUUUGCUGACCACUGUGGUUGUAACACAACGCUUUUGGAUUGCUCAGCAUUUCACUCGUAUUGCACAAUACAUUACGUGCAUUUAGAAGACAAAGAUUUAAAAUAAUUUUUGGUCUUUAGACUAAUUAAACAUUGAAGUAUAAAUCGCCAAAGUGCGAAUUUUUACAUUGAAAAUGGCGUCCAAUCUCACGCUCAAACUGGCCGCAAGACAUCUAGGUCAAAAAAAGAAAAUGACGAUGUUUAUAUAAUUAGCCCAUGGCUUGGUGCUAGAUUUAUAUAACUUAACAACAACAAGCCAUGAACUGAUUGAUCAGUGUCACUGGUAACUCCUUUUAAUAUGUUUGAAUUAUGCAAUUGAGAUAUGUUUCCGAUCGUAUUUGCAAACGUUUUGUUUGCUUUUAAUAUCAUGUGACAUAAAACUAGAUAGGUAUCGAAAUCGAGUUGUGACAUUCACAAAGAAAAUCAUCGAUGACAAACAUUUUGUCACGGAUUGGACGCUCGCAUAAGUCAGCGAAGUACCCCAGAAAGGUUUUGGUGUAGGUGAAAUCUAUGUUGAAGUGUUAUAUAAACUUGGAUAACAUUUGAUUGUGUCGCUUCUUGCGUAAGCAAGGUUUUCUCUUGACGGGAAAUGUACGUUAUGUUUACGUCAAAUCCAAAAAUAAGUCGAAAGCGAGAUUGGCAUUUUAUUUUUCUCCACAGAGCUUACAUUUACGACAAUUACUCUUACGAGUGUCAAUGUAGAGCGGGGUUGUUCUUAGACAAAACUCAGGAUCGUCGGUAACAGCAGCAAACUGUUUUAUUUCCACGUAGUUGACUUCUCGACUUUACAGCACUAAGCUUCCUCACAUUUACACACACCCGCACACACUUCUUCUUUUUUUGACGAAACUAUCGCUUUUAUAAACAUAAAGUCCAAGGAUCUAGAAACGUCUCUAAAGAACUAAAUUAAGAAGAUUAACACGGUUUCUAAACCUGUGUAAUUGCAUAAGAAAUAGAACAGUAUAGAAUGUUCUUAUACAAGAAGGUCACGGCUGGAUGACUUCGGGUUCUAGACUGUUCUGUAGAAUGUUCGAGGACUUAAUUUAGACAAUUUUUCGUAACAAUUACAUUAAUUGUAACUUUCAAUCUUUAUUUUAUGAAAGUGGGCAUAGAUCUUUUCAUAGCUAUCUGUUUUGAGAAACAGGUUGAUCUUUCUUCUUUUUUCUCUAACAGCUUUGUAGGACUGGAGCAGAUGUCCUGUGCAAGCCAGAUCAAAUAACGUUGACUUAUACCGGAAAGGUGGGAUAUCAAUGUUUAGAUUGUCCCACAUGUCCCCCCGGAUCGCAGCCUUCUGUUCCAUGUGGAUCCACUAUCGAAAACUGGACAGCCAUUCACUGCGUUCCAUGCCCACUUGGAAAAGCAUUUUCUGACAAUUAUGAUAAAGCUCAGUGUGCAGCUUGUUCCGUAUGCUCGACAGGGAAGGCAGUACUAAAGAACUGCACUCGUAUCUCAAACAGCAAGUGCAGUAAAUGCAGAAAAGGAUAUUACUAUGAGUCUUUUUCAUUUGCCUGCAAGCCUUGUGCGGAAUGUUGCGGCGAUGGAAAUGAUGAAUUCGUCAAAGAAUGCGAACGCUACGAUCACAAAUGCCAAGUUAGGCCCACGCCAUGCAGCCACACUCAGACAACUCCUUUGGGAACAACAACGCCUACUGGAAUUGUGCCAACAACUCAGGAGACACGCCUAACUGUCAUGUACAACAAAAAAAUGACAGGACACAGAAAAGAGAAAGACUUACCUUUUAAUGAGUUAAAAACGUCAUUGAAACCAACUCAGGUUGAUUAUAAGGCCCCAGACAAAGAAGGAGAGUUUGAGAAUGCUGUUGGAACUGAGAUUUCGUCCGUAAUAAUCUUGUUUGCGGUAGUUGCUGUACUUUGCAUAGUAGUUCUUGUCUUGAUCAUCCUUAGGAAAUUAAUUAGACUACGACUUUCACUGAGGCAUCCAAGAGAGGUGGAUUCGAGUGAUGUUGACAAUUAUUCUUCUCACGGAAGAACACGGUCUGUGUCUAAUCAGUCCCAGUCCAGUGAUUUUGCAUCUCCUCUUCUCCAUCCAGCAGCACUCUCUAAUAAUAAUUCGUCUACACUACAUCAACAAAAUGGAUUAGCACCAAAUGCGCUAAUGGAGUCUGGAAUAUCUCUGUCACGUGAACCAGCAUCACCAUUCCAAGUUGGGUCUGAAUUCUCCCUUCCAAACCAUCCGGAGCCCCAUCGUCCUCUCCAGUCUGAGCCAUCUCAGUCUGAAGCAACUGAAGUAAGUGGAUCUACGUCACCUCUUCACAUCUUGACUGAUUCAUCUGAGAAAACUGGGUUAUCACCUCUAGUAGGUCUGUCGAAAGAGGCACCGACUCCAAACCCUUCCAAUUCAUCUGAACCCAACCAAGGUGCUUCUUCUUUGACCAGUGCCUGUCGAUCAACUCAUUUAAGAGAGCCUGAAUCAUCUCAUCCAGGUCACUGUGAUUCGCCCCAAGCCGAUCUUCACUCUGUUUCGUCCUAUCCUACACGAUCACCAUCUCAGGGUAGUAGAAGUGCGUCUUCACAGCCCUCUGAUUCCUGCUCACCUAUACAAGCUGAAUACACAUGUACAUCAACGACUGGUGAGUUAAUCAGGAGUAGAACAGUCGUGUUUUGUUAUGCUUUUCUUCUAGUUCUCAUUCUCCGGAAAGUUAACCUUGAGGCAUAUGCGGACAUUUGUAACGAUGCAGUACCACCUGUAUCUUCCCCUGAAAAUUUGAAACAGAGAAGCAAUUUUCAAUCUCAUACACCUUUACUUGACUCAAGCAAAUAUGAAACAUUCAUAAAGUAAUUAAUUCUCCGAAAGUGAUAAAGAAGUAACUGUUACCCUGCAAGAAAUUUAUUAUUCAUACUCUUGCGCAACGAUGGCUUGACUGUACUUACAAUAUUAAUUUUGGUUCCUAGGUGGUAUGACUCUUGAAAAGCUGGAUGAAAAUCAUGUAGAAAUAUUUGAUUGGAUGUGCAUGAAACUCGAUCAAAAAAGAUCAGGUACGCGUUAUGACUUUGAAAGUUUGGCUAAAUGCUACAAACUUUCGCCCACAGUACGAGGCUCUUUGAAACAAGAGUACCACCACGGAGGCAGUCCUUCUAGUGCUUUGAUGGAUCACAUUAAGGCCAAACACCCAAAUCUGCCCAUUCAUCAACUUAUUGAAGACCUGGAAAAAAUAGGAAGGAAAGAUAUAGCGGAGGGAUUAAAGGCAGAAGUGUUUCGAAAAGAUGACAGUUCACCAACACUAGACCGUUCACCUCGUGUCAAUUGCUAGAGAAAGAAUAACUUACUAAUAACGCGUCGAUCAACUGGAAGCUUCAGCAUUCCCCCCAGGCAACCCUCAAGACAUUUGAACUUUUGAAAAUUGGAAAGAUCAAAUCUCCCACUGAACCAAAAUUGCGUUCAAAUGCCCCACCCAAUAAUGAACGAUUCUUCGCGUGAUCACCGAAUGUUGUAGAAUCAAACAAAGUAGGGUUUGGUGUUGCAAUUGAAUGUUUCGCUUGGAAGUAUCAAUCUAUGAUGUAAAAAUUAUCUUUCUGAGCCAUUUGCUUGCGAAAGCGGACUCUUUACCUUUACACUCCUAAAACAGGUGUAUAACGCCGGAAAGACUUGACAUUUCCGGUUCAAACGCCCCACCCCACCCCACACAGGCAAGGUUCGAAUUUCCCACCCACCGGUACAGACAGCAGUCAAAUGCCUGUUGGUUGUAGGCUCUUACCGAUAGUGCUAGCACUUUUUUUUGGUAUUAUUUGGCUUCGCGAGCAUUUUUUUUUACGUUUUAUCCCAAAAAGCACUGCUAGCAUUAUUUUGGAUUUUCGACUGAUUAUUUGUAUAAUUUUGUGAUAAAAAGCACAAUCUGACUUUAUUUAUGUCGUCCAAAGCCGCAUUUUGCCCUUAUUUUAGUCAAAGGAGCCGAGGAGGCCUGGGGAAUAGAUUUGAUAGGUCAGCGGUUGCCUUCUAGAAACCCAGUCCAUCACACUCGUUCCAAGAUGGCGUCAUCCACGUUGUCAUCGAGAAACAAUGGAAGUCAGCCAGCCAAGGCAGAUGGCUCGAGAGAGUACUCUGCCAUCAAUCAGAGGAAAAAAUAAGACUAUAAGAAUAUUCUAUGUUUAAAAAAAUAGGAAAAAAGUGAGAAUUUUUAUGUAACCCACGAGCACUUUUUAAAAAAAUUAGCAUUAUUUUCGUACUUUUUUGGCAAAAAACAAGCACUGCUUUAAACAUUUAAUGCUUUUUUUUACGAGCACUAUCGAUAAAAGCCUGUUUGGUUGCCCGGGGAAUUUUUUUACCGUAACUAACCUAAUAAGCAUGAGGCAUGUGUAACUUCUUGGGCUCACAGAUAAACUUUCUGAGGCCAAAAUGCAGAUCAAAUUUUCUUCCGCUUUAUUACCCAAAUUGAUGCACACAUUGCUGAAUUUAAAGGCUUACGUUACUGAAUAUGGGAGCUAAGACAGGCUUUCUAUAUAUAUAUUUUUUAUAGCAACACUAUCUGACCUGCCUAUCCCAAAAACAUUUUUUUAAUGGGAAGGAGGAGGACUUCGAUUCGGCUGAAAAACUGACUUGAAACAUAAUAAUCUAACGCUUUUAAAUCAAUCUAUUGAAUUAAUGUCAAUCACGAUUCUUGUGCUCGAAUAAAUCUGUCAACAAGAGGCAACGCCUAUUUAUUAAACGAAACACCCACUGCUACACUUUCUUGACAUUUAAAGCAAAGUACUCUUGAUCUCUGAAGCGUUUCAAAGCCUGCG